AAGCCCGACUUAAACCAUCAAAAUAACCUGGACCCAUGGGUAAAGACCGAAUGAACCUGUCUGGGUGAAAGUUACGACAUGAUGUCUGGAACUGCGGCUGCUGGGAUAGAAAGUUCUGUACAGAGCUGGUUAUUUUGCAAACCCUGGGUUCUGGGUUCCCUGGAGUAGUAAUGUUAAUAAUACAUUCAUUUUAUAUAGCGUCUUUCAAAGGGACCCAAGGAUGCUUUACAUUUCACACAAACACACACUCACACUCACACUCACACACACAAAAGUCACAAGGGGGGGUGGGGUUUGGAAUCUCUGAGGACACGGAGUUACACUGCAUGUGCCCAGAGUGCCAGCAGUGGGAAGCUGGUCACCAUCAUUGCCCAUGAUGCCGUUGUACAGUAAGGUCACAGAUUAAAUCCAACUUUGCAAACACGCGCCAAAUAUUUUCGUCCAAACCCUAAAUGCGCGUCCGCCUCCCUUUAGUUAAUGGUCAAUGUCGCAAUGUCCUGAGCCCCAGACCCCCCCACCCCUGUCCAGCUGUUAGCAGAGCUUUGAGUUUCCCAAGCCCCCUAGUGCCCUGGUUGAGUACACCCUCCCACCCAGUGUUGCACUCCCCCAGGCCCGGCUGCCUGCCUGCCUGCUCCUCUUGGCAGUCAAACAGCGGAGGGAGGAUUGGGACGACCGGGCGGCUGAGAUAAGGAGCAUAUGAAGUUCCCCACAUUACCUCACCCGAUAAGGAAACAAGCAGCGAGAGAGAUGAGGAGAGCGAGGCAAUAGAGAGGGAGAGGGUCAGCCUGGGAGGAAUUCUCCGGAUUGGACUGUGAUGAGCAGAGGAUCAGCAAGUGACUAUGGCGUUUUCACCAGUCGGAGCCGGGGUGCUCAGAGCUCUGGUGACCUUUGAAGAGGAGCUUGAAUAGGCCGGUCCUCGGUAGCUGCAUUAAAAAAAAAAGAUCACAGAAUUGAAUGUUGUGCUUUUCGUGAGAGUAGAUGAGUAACCUCAGCUGUUCUCAGAUUUAAUAGAUGUUUUCAGACGGGAUGGACAGAUGACCUCAACCUGUUUGUUCUGUAGUGUAUUCACCAAACGACUUAACCGAUGACAGUUUGGCAACAAUCUUAAACGCGGGAGAGCACCCGUUAAAGGGUAGACGGAACGAAGGCAAACAAAGUCUCGAGGAGAGUCUGCUGCAGCACGGAGGCAAGCGGCCAUGGCCGUCAAUCCUCUGGAAGGUCUCAAGACGGUCGCGGUGAACCACCAGCUCGUCUCCAGCUCCAUGGCGGAGCUGCGGAGCCAGCAGCCUUGUGCGGCCGGCAGCCCAGUAUCUCUGCACAGACAUAGGCAGAGCACGCACAUCAGCCGGGAGCCCAGGAAAUGGGUACAGUCUACGUGUGGGUCCAGGCCAAACUCUGGCUCGGGCUGUGGCUCUGCGGUCCAGUCCAGGAUGCUGAAGAGUCAACACUCCCCAGAAAACGCAGCACGGGAGAGGAGCCGCGUACGCAACCUGCGACAGGCCUUCCACAGUCUGCAGGCUGCCCUGCCCUCAGUCCCACCUGACACAAAGUUGUCAAAGCUGGAUGUUCUGGUUCUGGCUACCAACUACAUAGCCUACCUAACAGAGACCCUGGACCAGGGCGGGAUUGCUGCUGAGCACACCCUGCCCCCCAGGUCAGGUGGAUACCUGCACCCUGUCAAGAAGUGGCCCAUGCGCUCCCUGCUGUACUGUGGCAGCAUGGGAGACCUGCUGUCAGGGGUGUCAGCCAAUCACACGCCCCCACCUGGUCGGGAUGGGACACGCCCCAUGACCCCCGCCGCCGCCGAAGCAGACAGAGAGUGAUAAUAGAACAUGUGGCAUUGCUUUCAACCCGUUUCCUUAUCUUCUAUCUUAACUUGCCGUGUGGCGGCUAUCGCUGGCAACGGACACGUCAAUCAAGGUGUUUGGUCACUGAAUACAUUCUGUCAGUUUUUGGUUUAUCAUUAUAUGAAGGACAGGACUUAACUUAACCAGCAGCUACAAGGACGAUGGCCUUUUGUGUUUUUUUGUGUUUUAAUCUUUGGCUGUUGGAGAAGUCAAUAAAUUAUGAGAGAGGAUUUGCCUUGUAGUAAUUUAAUUUAAUAAUCCAACUCAAAAACUGGUUACAUGUCCUGGUUCUUAGAGAAAAAUCAUGGCUUGUUUUUGUGUAUCAUGUUUGUGAAAAAAAGUCAUUUUCCCUGCCAUCUGGGGACCAAAUGAAAAAGGGUAGACACACACACACACACACACACACACACACCUUCGGUGAAUACAUCCCAUCAUUAUCAGCGCAUUGGACAGCAAGUUGUCUGGAACGGGUUUGAUGAAAGGAAAUGAAGAGGCUGCUUCACUUGACUAAUUGUGCCACAAAUCAGCACAUGGAGGGAACAGAGUGUAACCUGUUAUCUGGGUUUAAAGGUUGUACAGUGUGUUUUUCAUUUUACUUUGACUGCAUGGGUGAAAAAAAUCUAUGUUAUCCUUUGUUAUUUUAGCGUGUAGUGAGUGUGUGUGUGUGUGUGCGUGUGUGUGUGUGUGUGUGCGCGUGCGUGCGCUUGGGGGGUGGGUAGAGGAUGGACUGAGCGAUUAGCAGCGAGGGAGGGAUUGUUGUGGGAACGCAGCAGCUGUGAACCACUUUAUAUCUCUGCAGCAACGAGCACGUAGGUCUCUAUACAAGUCCAACAACAGAAUGUAACCUUCUACCUUGAGUAAAACACCGUCUACAAUAUCA